AAACCCGGCUUUGCCAACAAGCCGAACCAAGCGCGGGGCUCCCACUGGAGACUGGCAUCCCCCUCGGAGCAAAGUGAAGCAUUUGUCCUGGAAGCUCGUAUUUACAUUUUAAGUGUAUCUGCCGGGAGACCCAGCGCGGCCGGAGCGGGAGCAGGACGCCCAUCGGGGACCAGGAUGCCCAGGAAGAAGGUCGGCGCCGGGCUCGGAGCCGGGGCCAAGGCGGCGGCGGCCUGGGAGCAGCAGAGCUCGGGCAACGGGACGACGGCGGCUGGCGCGGCGGGGGCCCGGGGCGGCCCCCCGAGGAAGGCGCGGGGCGGCGCGGCAGCGGGCAGGAAGCGGGAGCGGCCCGAGCGCGGCAGCUCCAGCGGCGGCGGCAGCAGCGGCGACGAGGACGGCCUGGCCGAGCUGGACGGCGGCAGCCUCGGCCCCGGGGCCAAGCGGGCGGCCAAGCCGGCGCCGCCGGGCAAGGCGGGGGCGGGACAGGCCGUCGUCAUCACGGAGCCGGAGCACACCAAGGAGCGGAUAAAACUUGAAGGCUCUAAGUGCAGAGGGCAGCUUUUGAUUUUUGGGGCGACCAACUGGGACCUCAUUGGUCGGAAGGAAGUGCCUAAACAGCAAGCUGCUUACCGAAACCUGGGGCAGAACUUGUGGGGGCCUCACAGGUACGGCUGUCUCUCGGGGGUUCAGGUGCGGACGGUGGUCUCUGGGCCCUGUGCUGCUCAUAGUCUGCUCAUCACCACGGAAGGGAAGCUGUGGAGCUGGGGUCGAAAUGAGAAGGGGCAGCUUGGACAUGGUGAUACCAAGAGAGUGGAAGCCCCCAAACUCAUCGAAGUCCUCAGCAAGGAAGUAAUUGUGUCCGCCGCAUGUGGGAGGAACCACACUCUGGCUUUGACAGAAACUGGCUCUGUGUUUGCAUUUGGAGAGAACAAGAUGGGGCAGCUUGGCCUUGGCAAUCAGACUGAUGCUAUCCCCAGCCCUGCACAGAUAAUGUACAAUGGCCAGCCAAUUACCAAAAUGGCUUGUGGGGCUGAAUUCAGCAUGAUAAUGGACUGCAAAGGAAACCUCUACUCCUUUGGGUGCCCUGAAUAUGGUCAGCUGGGACACAAUUCUGACGGGAAAUUCAUUGCCCGGGCUCAGAGGAUAGAAUAUGACUGUGAGCUGGUCCCCCGCCGAGUAGCCAUCUUCAUUGAAAAGACAAAAGAUGGGCAGAUUUUGCCAGUCCCCAACGUGGUGGUCCGAGAUGUUGCCUGUGGCACCAAUCACACGCUGGUUCUAGACUCUCAGAAACGUGUAUUUUCUUGGGGGUUUGGAGGAUAUGGCCGACUGGGCCACGCAGAGCAGAAGGAUGAGAUGGUCCCUCGCCUGGUGAAGCUCUUUGAUUUCCCGGGCCGUGGAGCAGCGCAAAUCUACGCUGGCUACACCUGCUCCUUCGCCGUCAGUGAAGUUGGUGGCCUGUUUUUCUGGGGUGCUACCAACACUUCUCGGGAGUCCACCAUGUAUCCCAAAGCUGUUCAAGACCUCUGUGGCUGGAAAAUUAGAAGCUUAGCUUGUGGGAAAAGCAGUAUUAUCGUGGCUGCGGAUGAGAGCACCAUCAGCUGGGGCCCAUCUCCAACCUUCGGUGAAUUGGGCUACGGUGAUCACAAGCCCAAGUCUUCCACCGCAGCCCAAGAAGUGAAAACCUUGGAUGGCAUUUACACAGAGCAGGUUGCCAUGGGCUACUCACACUCCUUGGUGAUCGCAAGGGAUGAGAGCGAGACUGAAAAAGAAAAGCUAAAAAAACUCCCUGAGUAUAAUCCGCGCACCCUCUCCUGAUGCCAGGGGCAGCGAGGCUGCUGGAGGGCUCUCCAGGCCGCUCCAGGCAGCUGUCAUUUCCAAUGUGCACUGGGACACAAAGAAGGCGGAUGAGAAGAGAUGACACAGUGAAAAGGUGGCCCGAAGCUCCUAUUUGUUAGUCUUCCUGAGGUUCCGUUUUAUAAGCAAAUUCAACGUUUACUACCUUUUUACUGUACGAUUUCCAAAGCGUUUCUCGCUCCCUUCCCCUACCCCAAAUGUUAAUUAAAAUAUUUGCUCGUAGUUGACGAGUUAGCAUUCCUAUGAAAAUGGCAGGAACCUUUGAGCCUUGGUUUGGGUUUAUUUUGAUUUGUCGGUUUGCCUUGGGUGGGAAGGGGAGGGGAAGUGUUGCUUUUUGUCCAUUUAUAUACAUAUUUUUGUUUCCUUUUUUUAUUUUUAUUUUUCCAAGAGUCACUUCUUCCUUGUGUGAUGAAGAUGGGGGAUAGAAUAUCUGGUUGGUGAGGAUUAUUUCCUCAUCUGUGGAGGUCAAGGUGACUCAGUGAAAACAUUUCAUCCAAGGUCAGACUUUGUCCUUGGGAAUAAGUGUCUUUGUGUAAAAGGUUUCCAGUGUUGCUCUUUUCCAGCUUCUGUUCCUGACUCUCUUAAGAGUCAAGGGGAACUGGUCAGACCAUGCAUCCCCUUAGCCAGCUCUCUGUUCUCCUUUGGCCCAUCUUUGGGGAUUUUUUGUGUUUUUGGUUUUUUUUUUUUAAUUUGCUUUAGUUUUAUAAUGGGGACCUUUUAAGAUCUGUGUAUCUCUGUUUGUCCCUUGUCUUUACUUCUGAUCAAAACCAAUGAAUAAGGACAGACUUAUAUGUCAGACUUAAAGUCUCCUUCCCCCCUCCUCCCAAGAGAUUUCCCCAUGGAGCAUGAAUUAUCCUUUUGAAGCAGGGAUGGUCUGUCUGUCUGUCUGAGAGACAGAGGGCUUUUCUUUCCCCUUUCAAGUUUCAGCUUUAUGGGAUCCCUUGGUGAUCAAGGCCUGGUUGCAAAUACUUAUCCUCAGAGAUUGAUCUGUUGGUGGUGCAGAAGGAAUCGAUUAAUGAUGGGUCGAGCCUUUGUGCCUUUGUCAGUGAAUCUGGGCAUGAAUUUUCUGUGCCCUCUUUUUUGUUGUUUCUGAACAGUCCAGACUGAGCCCCGGGACCCAGCAAUCUGAGGUAGAUUUUGCUUAGCUCCAAAUGGUGCCAAUGGCUGAAAACCUUUCCAGCAAGUCCAAGCAGGAGUGUUUGCUUGUCACCUGCCUACUGGCCUCAGGUUUCCUUUUCUUGCCAGACCCUGUUGUCCCAUGUUGGGAGGGGAAAAAAAAAGUGGUGCCUUUCUACAGACCCCUGUUUCAGUCCCACCCAAUUGAAAUAGAAAGCCUUCCUCCUGCUCAGAUGUCAGAGCUGAGCUAAGGGGUGAGUACAGGUGUUUAAGCGAGGUUCUGUCCAGUGUGCUGAAGUGGGCAAAGAUGGAGGUGGAGUUCAUAACGUUGGGAAAGCAAAUUGUCCGGGGGUCUUUUCUAUGCUGUUACCAGUUGUAGGUUCUCUUAAAAUUUUAAAAAUGCCAAAAAUGUAUCCUCAUCCAGUGGUCUUGUUUUUUUCCCUUUGCCACCUUGUCUGGGCAUUUUGUAAAAGGAUUUCUCCCUUUGUUGGGUGAAAAAGUUUGGCCUUCCUAAGUAGGAUAAACGGCCAGGGGAGGGGGGGGGAAUCCUAUGAUAGCAUAGACACAUGCCACAGAAAAAUCUUUUUCUCCUCCGAGUAAGAGCCGGCUUUAUAAAUGCAUCCCCAUGAACUUCUUUUGUUACAAGUUGACCAGGGGAGAUUUUUUGGGGCUAGAGCACUUCUGAUAAAUUCUGCCUUCUUGAGAACCUCAUUCCCUGGAUGUGCUCCUGACCUUGGUAAUUGGUCGUACGUAUGGGACCCCAAUACAAGUCUUUAUCUGGGUGGGAUGAACCUUGCAUCUUUGUCGCAUGUUCACCAGGGGGUCCCGAUUUUGAGAAACCAAGGUUGGAUUUUUGGGGAGCUCAUUUGGGCUUAUGGGCAUGGGGGUGGGGAGGAAGGGACAUUCAUUCAGCAGAAACCCAUAAUGGUUACUGAUUAAAAGAUCCUCAGCAGAUAGAUAAGUGGGGGUGGGGGGGGUGGCAUUGUUUGAAUCUGCCAAGAGCGCAAAUACAAAGUAAAUCUGCUAAUUUCUGGUCAUGAUACCCAUGAUGCCAAAGGGACUGAAGCCAGAAGAUAAGUGGGGAGAGGGGUAUAACAAGACCUUUUUUGAGAGUCUGUUUCUCUGCCCCCUUCCGUUUCUGUAUUGUGGAAUGAGAAUUUCCUAAUUAGCAAAAAAUAUCCUUUUAGAACAAGGGGUUUGGGGGAAAAAGUAAACCAAAAUGUCCUGUACGCCUUCUGUUUUCCUGGGUCUUGGGACUCUGAAGAGAGAUGGAAAGUGACCAGAGAUCCAUCACAAAUCAUGUUUUCAAGUGGAUGUCCCCUCCCCUUUCCCUCCUCACCUAGAGCCUGCUGCCAGGAGGCUUGGGAUGCAGGGGGUGGACUGGAGUAGGGUUAGGGUGGGCAAGAGAAGCUUCCUUGUUUAGUGCUGGAAUUUGUCUUUUUUAUAUAUAUAUUUCUUGGAGUAAAUGUUUUAAAUAAAUGACAUCACUGUUUA